GUGUGAUGUGUGUUGUCGAUCGUUCUCUGCUUUGCCGGUGUCAUGGAUUACUGUCAGUUUGGUGACGCAUUGUUUGUUGCAGGGGAUGGGCCGUGAUGGGGCGCGGCUGUUCCGGCGGCCCCGCUGAAACCCGGAGAAGAAACCUGCUGCCGCUUUUGGCUUCCAUCCUGCUGUUCUUCAGCUCGAUUCCAGCAUCUUCCGCCGACUGCAAGGUGCAGUUGUGUUCCCGGCAGUACGCCCGCGCCCUCGAAGAGGAUCACGUGGUCCAAGGCUCGAGCUUCCGCUACUGUUCCCUGCUCCGCUCGUACGCCGACUGCGUGCGCGCCACCGCCCGCUCGUGCAGGGGCGACCUCGUCUACCACUCGGUGCACGCCAUGGUCGUGCAGUGGACGCGCAUGUACGAGUGCGCGCGCAUACUGGAGAAGGGGCCCGCGCCCUCGCCGGAGAGGGGCCCCGGCGGCGGGCACAGGGGGCGGCCCUCCCGCCCGCACGGCGAGUGCGCAUCCUACCGCAGCGCCGCCUACAGUCACUGCGCCCUGUUCGGCGACCCCCACCUCAGGACGUUCUACGACGAGCUGCAGACGUGCAGCAUUCCCGGUGCCUGGCCCCUGCUCGACAACCCCCACCUGGCCGUGCAGGUGACCAACGAGCCUGUCGGAAAGGGAUCCACAGCGACAGCAAUUACUAAAGUUACUGUGAUAGUGAGGCAGCAUGGUUCUUGUGCCCAGGAGAAAACGUACGAGGCACAAGUGGACUCUCUUCCGAGUGUCUUCGUGGACGGAUCCAAGUGGAGUGGUCCGGGAGUCAGGAUCCGGGAGGAGACACCUGGCAAGCACAUCGAAAUCCACUUCCGGUACAUAGCCACGCGAAUCAUAGUCCGGCAAGUCGGACGCUAUCUCACCUUCGCCACCCGGAUGCCCAGUGCCAUAGCAGUCCAGGGUGCCCAGAGUGCCACACUCGAACUCUGCGUCAAGGGUUGCCCCAAAAGAGAACGCAUUGACUCUGAACGCCUCUUGGAGCCCAAGAGUGGCCCCAAGCGGGAAGCCAUUGCUGCCUGCAGGGCCCUCAAUAUUACGGACUUCUAUCUGGACGCUUGUGUGUUCGAUUUGCUGACGACUGGGGAUGGUAGCUUCAGCGCUGCCGCCAGAGAAGCAAUGCUUGAUGCCGGUCAACAACCUGUAGUCAAUGGAACGCUGACGGUUGUGCCCAGGAGCUUGGAAAGCCACGCCGGUGCUGUUACCGAAACUGUUUACCUGCUUUUUGGGAUGUUACUCUUCUUACUCUACAGGUAUCAUCAUGACUCAUGUAGGUAGCUUACCCUCAAGUGAUGAACUGUUUGCAUCGGUGAAAUUCGAAAAAGCGUCGGUUGUUUCUAAAGACGCCUUUUUGUUUACCUCAACUAC